GUCAGCCAAGCAGUCGACUCCGAGGCUCUAGGCCCCAAAAGACGCUUGGGUUCCGUGUGUGCUGCGCUGUGACCCGCUGCCGGGAGCUGAGAGGAGAGCCGGGCGAGCUCGGAAUCCGCGGAAUCCGCCAUGGAUGCAGUGACCUAUGAGGAUGUGCAUGUGAACUUCACUCAUGAAGAGUGGGCUUUGUUGGAUCCUUCCCAGAAGAGUCUGUACAAAGAUGUGAUGUUGGAAACCUAUUGGAACCUCACUAUUGUAGGUUACAAAUGGGAAGACUACAAUAUUGAAGAAUAUUAUCAAAGUUCUAGAAGACAUGGAAGGUAUAUCAACUGUCAGUGUGCAUACAACUCAUGUGAGCAUAAGGGAUAUGGAAAGAAGCAAUAUACCUCUGUUUCUCCUGGAACAAUUGUAAGAUAUGUAGUAGUCCCCACUGUGAGAAGACAUGAUGACUAUGAUACAAGUUUAUACUCUCACAUUGGAGAAAACCCUUAUGAGUACAAGGAAUAUGGAAAUUCUUCUGUCUGUACUGAUUCACUUUGCACAUGUAGUGUGACUCACAGUAUAAAAAAAUAUUAUGCAUGCAAUCAAUGUUGUAAAACUCUGAGUUCUUCCAGUUCUUUUCAAAGAUAUGAAAAAUCUCAUAUGGGAAGAGGAAGUGAUAAAUGUGAGCUUUGUACUGAUGACUUUAGCCAUCACAGUUAUCUGCAAACACACAAAACAACCAAUAAUGAAGAGGAUCUCUAUGAAUGUAAUCAACAUGAUAGUACCUUUAGAUAUGAUUCCUCUAUAAAAGUAUACCAAAGAACUCAUUUGGAGGAAAAGCCCUAUGAAUAUGAUCAAAGUGAUGAAGUCCCUACAUGUCACAGUCUUCAUCAAAUACAUAGAACUCAUUCUAGUGUGAAAAACUAUGAAUAUCAGCAAUGUGAUAAAGCUUUUACAAGUCCCAGUUAUCUUCAAAUAUAUAAAAAAAUUUAUACUGGAGAGAAACCCUAUGGAUGUACUCAAUGUGAUAAAGCCUAUGCAUGUUCUAGUUAUCUUCAAAUACAUAAAAGAAUUCAUACUGGAGAGAAACCCUAUGAAUGUAAUCAAUGUGGUAAAGCCUUUAUACAGAAGAGUCAUCUUCACAGGCAUGAAAGAAGUCAUACUGGAGAGAAACCCUAUGAAUGUAAUUACUGUGGUAAAGCCUUUGCACACAAGUAUAAGCUUCUCAUUCAUGAAAGAAUUCAUACUGGAGAGAAACCCUAUGAAUGUAAUCACUGUGGUAAAGCCUUUGCAGAGAAGUGUAAUCUUCUCAGUCAUGAAAGAAGUCAUACUGGAGAGAAACCCUAUGGUUGUAAUCAGUGUGGUAAAGCCUUUGCACAGAAGAGUGAUCUUCGAAGUCAUGAAAGAAUCCAUACUGGAGAGAAACCCUAUGAAUGUAAUCAAUGUAGUAAAGCCUUUGCACAGAAGAGUAAUCUCCGUAGUCAUCAAAGAAUUCAUACUGGAGAGAAACCGUAUCAAUGUAAGCAGUGUGGUAAAGCCUUUGCACAGAAGAGUAAUCUUUUUAGUCAUGAAAGAAAACAUAUUGGAGAGAAACUCUAUCUAUGUAAUCAAAGCGCUAAAGCCUUUACACUGGAGAAUUUUCUCAUUCAUAAAAGAAGUCAUACAGGAGAGAAAGCCUAUGAAUGUAAUCAAUGUGAUAAAGCCUUUGCAAGGAAGAGUCAUCUUCUCAGUCAUAAAAGAAUUCAUACUGGGGAGAAACCCUAUGAAUGUAAUCAGUGUGGGAAAUCUUUUGCACGCAGCAGUAAUCUUCACAGGCAUGAAAAAUGUCAUACUGGAGAGAAACCCUAUGAAUGUAAUCAAUGUGAUAAAGCCUUUGCACGUAAAACCCAUCUUCAGAGUCAUGAAAGAUGUCACACUGGAGAGAAACCCUAUGGGUAUAAUCAAUAUGGUAGAGAUUUUGCAUGUAACAGUCCCCUUCAGGUAAAGGAAAGAACCCUUAUUGGAGAGAAACCAUAUGAAGGUAAUCAAUGUGGUAAAGACUUUUCACAGAACAAUUAUCCUCACAAUCCUGAAAGAAAUUAUUCUUGACAAAAACCCAAUGCAUGUAGUCAGUGUGGUAAAGUCUUGCCAUGUUGCAUUGUCCUUCAGAAUCAUGAAAAAUUUCAUACUGGUGAAAAUCCCCAUAAACCUAAUGAGUGAGUCAAGCCUUGCAGUCCACAUGUUUUUCCCACCGAGCUGUCUCACUGGUGCUUGAGUUAGUAGAGCCUCUCAUUAGUUAAAAUAUAGUCGCUUUCAAGUUGUUAACAUAUUGUGUUCCAAGAAUACAGAAACAUGAUAAUUUCAAUAAUAAAAUAUAUUUUCAAAUGAAA